AUGUCUGAAAUACUGAUCAAUGAUUUGGUGGAAGAGUUGAGUGAAGAAAACAGUCGACUAUUCAAUGAGUUAUUGACUUUUGAUUUGUUGGAUCAGUUGGACACCAAUUACAAGACAUUAUGCGAUUCGAGAGAUAGUAAAGGAAGUGAUGGAUGUCUUCAACCGAUUAAAGAGACAACACUUUCACCGAAGAAGAGGAAGAGAUCGAGAGUUAACUGUAAGACAAAAACCCGUGAAAUGGAUAAAGACAUGAGUGACUCGAGUGAUGACACCAUUGAUGACAACUGCAGUGAUAUCUCGUAUAAACCCGAAGACAUUAUUGAAGGAAAAGUGGACCAAAAGACCAAACGAUUGAAAACCCGAUCAGUUGUGUCGAAGUCUAUGACAUGUAAUGAGACAACGGAUCAAAUGAAUGGCAAAAAUUUUCAGACCAAACCCGCCCUCAGGAAUCACGCCAAUCGAUACCACGGAGGGAUGUGUUACGCGUGUGUUGUCAAUGGAUGCGAUUUCAUGACUAGUGAACUCCAUUACCUCAAGAAUCAUAUGGUUAGCCACAGCGAUGACCGGCCCUAUCAGUGCCCACACGAGUCAUGCGGUAAACGAUUUAAAUGUAGGGAUGGCCACAGAAAACACAUACAAACCGCUCACACAAAUGAGAGACCAUUUGUUUGUGAUCACAAGGACUGCGACAAACGGUUUAAAAGUAGGAGUGAGUUAAUGAAUCAUAAGACCCGUAUUCACGGCACAGAUGGCAUCGAUUACUUCCAAUGUCCGCGAAAAGGGUGUAAUUACUCGUAUGCGAGCCAAGAGUCAUUGGAUACACACAUUAGUAAACACAGUGAGGGUCAGGUGUAUCGGUGCCUAUGGCCUGGAUGUGACUAUACAGCCAAUAGUUCCAGUGUCUUAUGCGCCCACCGUCGCAAUAAACACAAUGACGAGGGUAUAUUACGGGUGUGCGAGUGGCCCGGCUGUGAGUUCAAGUGUCAUCUCAAGAGGAUAAUGAAACGUCACCACAAAGAGCAUAGCAUUGAACCCAGAUUUCCGUGUCAUUGGCCCGGAUGUGACAAACGGUUCAUAUAUAGGGAUCGCUUGGAGAAGCACUUGAGGAUACAUUCGGGAGUUAAACGGUUUAAGUGUGAGGUCGAGGGCUGUGGGUACAGUAGCUUUGAAAAGGGAAAUGUGACCAAACAUAUGGUCAAACACUACCGAACCACUGGAGACGUCGAUUGGUUUACCUGUCAGUGGUCUGGAUGUGGCAAACGUUCUUUACACUUAUGA